UCUAAAUAUCUAUUGGAUGAAACACAUCUGCCCACUCCACUGGUCCACUGGGAACAUCAGCUCUGACGGAGACACUAAAAGAACACGCAGUUUCCUUCAGGAGAAGCUUCGUUUCAGACGUUUCAACUUUGCUGGAUUGUCAGCUGCAUCCUUCACCUGCCUCAGUGCUCUGUGUGUGUGUUUGCCUGCUACAAAAUGAUGAGGGGGGACCUGCUGCAGAGUGUAACCGCUGAUCAGCGGAGGACACACUCCACUGAGAAGAAGCUGGCUGCCUUCUGGGUAUCUCUCUCUCAUCGCACCAGAACCUUUUUCAAACCCAGACAACGAUGCUGCUUUCAGAGGACUCCAUCUGUGGCUGGACUGCUAAAGAGUGAAGUAUAAAAGAGAGAGACAGAGAGACAGUGUGUGUGUGUGUGUGUGUAGCUUGAUUUAAAAUAUUACCUGAAUUAUAUUUCACAACACAGUUAUUGUCAAAAGUGUAAAAAAAAAAGACAAAUCUGUGCUGAUGUAAUGUUCUUUGUCGGAUGAUUAUAAUUAUUAUUUAUUAAUUAUUUUUUUAUUAAUUAAUAAUUUUUUUAGAAUACUGUUCAUAACUAAGAUGCAGUCCUUGCCUUGCUAUGGGUAACAGUUUCGGAGGAUAUUUGUGUUUUUGGAGUGUCAAUGUGUGAGUAUCAGUGUGUGAAUGUGAUGCGUAUAUGCGUAUGUUCAUCGAAGAAAGUGACCUCUACAGAUCAAGACCAAAUCUAUGCUUCAAAACAAUAAACUCCUGGUUCGAACUACAUCAAAAAAAGAAAGUGAUGGACAAUGGCAGACGAGCAGAACAGCAGCAGGGAAAAGAGAAAAGAGAAAAGCAGGGUAUCAACAGGUGCAUCAUCAUUUGAAUCCUCCAAGGAAUUCUUCUCCUUUAGGAACAGAGCAUUUUGUCUGCUAUCUGCUUUCUGAAGCAAGGACAUUUAAAGGAUUCUCAAUUAUUUCGCAUCAUCUCCUAAAGCAAUGACUUGCUCUGAUGUCUGAUGCCCAUAGAGAUCCUUUUCCAGACAUUUGGUCUUCUGGUCUCCCAUUAUGGUCUGUAACUAUGACUUAUUGCAUAACUGCCUAUCAUGAAAAGAAGGACAUGAACUGAUGUACUCAACAGCUUAAACAGCCUGAUUCCUUCAAUAGACCAUGGUUUUCACUCACCUUAAGCUGAAGUUGAGAUAUAUGUUGGACAGACUCCUUCAGCCAGAGACUCCCUUCCAGAGACUUCUACACGUACAGCUGCUCAGGUGCUGCUUCCAUACUUUCCGGCAGGACUGGCUGGCUGGUGUGGUAACUACAGGAAUGCUCAUGGACACAGUGAAACACUGGGACAUGUUUAAGGAAAACUCUGAAGUCUUUAUCUUGGUUCCUGCUCUAGUGGGAUUGAAGGGAAAUCUAGAGAUGACUCUAGCUUCCAGACUCUCCACAGCUGCCAACAUCGGCCUGUUAGACAUCCGCAAUCAACUGGGACUAGUAGUGUCCAGCAAUCUGGCCUUAAUCCAGGUGCAGGCCACUGUGGUGGGGUUUCUGGCCGCUCUGGUUGCGGUCCUGUUGGGUGCGUGGAGUAAAGACAAAGUGGACCUUCAGCAGGCUGCUGUAUUGUUGGCUAGUGGAGUGACCACAGCCUUCACUGCUGCUCUUAUUUUAGGGAUAAUCAUGGUGGGGGUUAUCAUUGGAUCUCGGAAGGUAGGCAUCAACCCUGAUAAUGUGGCUACACCUAUUGCUGCUAGUCUUGGGGACCUCAUUACACUUUCACUGCUGGCAGGAUUCUGCAGUUUGUUCCACAGGAUUAGAGAGUUGUGGUACGUGUCUAUAGCGACAUGUGCCAUACUCCUCUUAUUGAUCCCUCCCUGUUUGGUCAUCACUCGCCGCAGUCCACCAGUAAGAGAGGUGCUGAUGUCUGGGUGGCAACCUGUCAUCACUGCUAUGCUAAUCAGCAGUGCUGGAGGUUUAAUUCUGGAUCAGACCGUAAACAACCCUCAGUUUGAAGGCAUUGCCGUUUUUACACCCAUCAUUAAUGGUGUCGGUGGGAACCUGGUGGGGAUACAGGCUAGCCGCAUCUCUACCUACCUCCAUAGCAUUAGCGUACUGAAAAUCCUACCCCAGUGCAUGAAAGACCGCUGCCCUCACCCUGACACCACCUUCUGCUCCUCAGGAGUGAACUCCGCCUCUGCUAGAGUUCUUCUGCUGAUAGUGAUCCCAGGCCACCUCCUCUUCCUCUAUACAGUCUACCUGCUGCAGGGGGGGCAUGCUGCCAUGACCCCUGGUUUCGUUUGCUGCUACCUGCUGGCUGCCCUGCUGCAGGUGCUAAUACUGCUCUACGUGGCAGAUGUGUUGGUGCGGCUGAUGUGGCGCCGUGGGCUGGACCCCGAUACUUUCUCAAUCCCCUACCUGACAGCACUGGGAGACUUACUGGGCACCAGCCUCCUCGCGCUGACCUUUAUAGUAAUCUGAGACUGAGAGUGAGGACGAAAGAAAAAAGACACAUUUUAUUUAACAUCAGAUCCAUUAAUUCCAGUUCUGUUUGGGUUUUGCAAUAAAUGUGCGGCAAAUUUAUCAGUGCUAAAUCAACAGCGUUAGUGGUUAGAUUAACACUGUUUAAACACUCACUGUGUUACAAACCAUGUUGAUUUAACACUGUGUGCUGAGUGAUAAAGGUGAUAAAUGAACUAGUAGAAGCACAUACAGCACUGGGAAAAAUAAAGAGAAACUAGAUCAGUUUCUCUAAUUUUGCUAUUUAUAGGUAAAUGUUUGAGUAAAAUUAAAAUUGUUGUUUUAUUCUAUAAACUACGGACAACAUUUCUCCCAAAUUCCAAAUAAAAAUGUUGUCAUUUAGAGCAUUUAUUUGCAGAAAAUGAGAAAUAGCUGAAAUAACACAAAGAAGGCAUAGCUUUCAGACCCCAAAUAAUACAAAGAGAACAAGUUCAUAAAUAUAAGUUUUUAAGAGUUCAGACAUCAAUAUAUGAGAAACUCAUCCAUUUUAAGUGGUUUCUUAUUUUUUUUCCAGAGCUGUAUAAUCAAAAGAAAAACAUGUAUCUUCAAAGUGGCAACUUUAAUGUGAAAAAUA